UUGAUGAGUGAACGAUGUAUGAAACAAGUGAAAAUAAUACAAAAAAGAAAAGAAAAAGGACAAUCUUAAUGCCUUCUCCACAACUCAGUAAUAAGUAUAAGUAAUAAGAUUGAUCUGCAGGCUGUUGUAAUCACUUCUCCCCAGGUGUUACUGGACCAAUGAUCAGAACUGAAUUCCCAGCUGUCGUGUUGUGGAGACAAAGCUGUUAUUAAUAGAAGCCGUGGAGGCAAACCAGAGGCAGAACGGCAGCGUAACCUCUUGUCCUAAUCAUAUACUGUGUGAUGUAACACUGUACACAUUUGAAGAUUUAACAGCUGAAAAUUUGUUCUCUCGUCAUGGAUAAUGUUUCUGUUGUCAGAGUUUUCACUCUCUCGGGUAUAAAUGAAACCAUGAAUUACCGAAUCACUAUCUUUUCACUCACUUUACUGUAUUACUGUGUGAUUUUGUUUGUCAAUAUCUCUCUCAUUGUGAUCAUUAUCUUAGAUGAAAACCUACAUGAACCUAUGUAUAUUUUCUUGUGCUCUUUCUGCAUUAAUGGACUUUAUGGCACCACAGGUUUCUACCCCAAAUUCCUCUUAGAUCUGCUGUCCUCUUCUCAUGAAAUCUCUUAUGAAGGAUGUCUUUUACAGGCUUUUGUCAUGUACUCUUUUGCUUGCUGUGAGAUGUCUAUUCUGGCAGUUAUGGCCUAUGACAGAUAUCUGGCUAUAUGUCGACCUCUGCACUACCACGCCGUCAUGACUAAGAAAAGGCUUUCUCAGCUGGUAUGUUUCUCUUGGUUGACACCGUUCUGCAUUUUCUCUGUCAGUAUUAUACUAACAUCUACACUGAAGUUAUGUGGCUCGAAAAUUCAGAAACUGUUUUGUGUGAACUGGAUCAUUUUCAAACUUGCAUGUCCUGACUCUAACACUGUUGCAAGUAGUAUUAUUUCACACGCAACAACUUUCAUUUAUGUGUCUCAUGGGUUUUUCAUAAUUUGGACUUACAUGCAUCUUGUCAUAACUUGCAUGAAGUCCAAAGAUGACAGGGUAAAAUUUAUGCAAACAUGUGUGCCUCAUUUGACCUCUUUAAUCACAUUCCUUGUAGUAAUAGUUUUUGAUUUGAUGUAUAUGAGAUUUGGCUCCACAGAUUUACCUCAAAGUCUUCAAAACUUCAUAGCAAUAGAAUUUCUGCUGAUUCCUCCUAUAAUGAAUCCUCUAAUAUAUGGGUUUAAACUGACCAAAAUACGACAUAGAAUUUUAAAUUUGGCUUUUGUUAACAGAAAAUGAGCUCCUCAUUUAAAUUGCACUUGUUUUUAUUCUUGUUUGUUAGUUUAUUUAACAGGAACAAUACAGAAAGACUUUGUUUUAUAGGAAGAAGUAAUGCAACAGAUGUAAUUUUGUCCCGGAAAUGCCCAUGUUUGUUAAAUACAUGUAUGAGGACUGCAGGCUUUAAUAUCUGCCUACUAAUAAAAGGCUUCAAUUUUGAUAAUGUAUGCUAUAUGUGACAUGAAUAAAUAUGUGUGUGUUUUUUUCUGCUCUUUUA